GAGCGGGCCAAUGGGAGCCGGCGGGAGGGGAGGUUGGUCCCGCCCACUGACGGCGAUCGCGGUGGAAGAAUGGCGUCGGGACUCGUGAUGAACCAGGAUCUCUCCAAGAUCCUCAAUGAGCUGUGGAAAGCAGAUGAGAACCGGCUGGUGCCCGGUGUGGACUACAAUAUCUCCGUGCAGGGCAAGGCGGGGUACGUGGUCGCUGGAAGCAACAAUGCGAGGGACUGCGCCCGUCGACCACUCUUCUCCUACGUAAACGAGGACCGUUUGCGGUCUAUUAAAUCGUUUGCAGCCUUCACCGCCCUGCUGGACAACUACGAGAUGUCGACGGGAAUCGCGGAGGUGGUGACUCCCGAGGAAAUGGCCGAAAACUUCCACUUCCUCGAUGUGAUUCUGGAAACUAAAGUCAUGCAGCUUGCUCACCAGUACCUGGUCAGCAAAAAUCUAACGUCGGCCGAUGCACGGGGGUUCCGGCAGCACCUGUACGACAUCUGGUUCCAGCUGUACUCCAGAGGAGGCCGGGGGAGAGACUCCUCAGGGUUCGAGCAUGUCUUUGUGGGAGAGACCAAACGAGGGAAGGAGAUCAUGGGUCUCCACAACUGGGUCCAGUUCUACCUCCAGGAGAAGCACAACCACAUUGAUUACAAAGGAUUUGUGGCAAGAAGAGACAAGAACAAGCCUGAUGAGGAUGACCACGUGCUGACCCUACAGUUCAGCUGGAAGGAGAUGGUGAAGCCGGUGGGCAGCUCCUUCAUCGGGGUCACCCCGGAGUUUGAGUUUGCCCUCUACACCAUCUGCUUCUUGCAGUCGUCGGCUAGGGUGUCGCGGGAGCUGGUGAUGGUGGACGAGUUCCACCUGCAGAUCGUGGUUUACCGGCACGGCAAGUACAUCGGCUCGUCCUACCCCGUGCUCCUGAGCAACAACAACACGCCACUUGAAUGAGGCCGGGCCGCCGCGCUGCUCUUGCCCGCCCUCUCUCCCGCCGCUCGCUGCCGAUCCGUCCAGGGAGUCCGUGUAUCGACGCCAGCCAUCACCCCCGCCUUUACUAGACUCCUGCACAUCCGCCACAGUGCCUCACUAGGGGACCCCACUGAGAUCCCCCAGGCCCAUCGUACACUCUCGCCUCCGCACUAGUCCACUGCAAAAAGCAAAGCAAUGUGUUUCUGUGUAAAACACUAUUGCAGCCAGCUUUGGAUUUGGAAUUAAUUUUUUUUGAUUUAGUUCAAUGGAACCCAUCUCCAAAACCUGGACCAAGAAAACAUCAUGAUUAGAAUCAUCGAGCCCCUUUGUCCCAUCUUGUCCAUGCCAACCAUUGGCAUAUUGGGCUGGUCCCAUUCGCCUGCGUUGGACCCACAUCCCUUUAGAAACACAGCCAGAGAACAGGCCCAUCAGCCAACUGAGUGCGGCCAGAACUAGUCGGCAUCCUGGCCAUUUGCCUGUAUUUGGCCCAUAUCCCCCUAAACCCUUCCUAUCCAUGUAUCUGUCCAAAUCUCUUUUGAAUGUCACAAUUGUAUCCACUUCUACAGCUUCCUUUGGAAACUCAUUCCAGAUACGAACUACCCUCUGAGUGAAAAGGUUGCCCUGAGGUCCCUCUUAAAUUUCUCCCCUCUCACCUUAAGCCUCUAAUUUUAGAAUCCUCUAAAUAGGUGAAAAGACCGUGGGCGUUCACUUUAUCUGUACCCCUCAUGGUCGUUCACCCCUCAGCCUCCUGCUCUCCAAAGAAAUGUCCCAGUCCGUCCAACCUAUCCACCUCCGCUCGGUUCACAAUAACCAACCUGAUCUCCCGGUGGCUACGCACUGCAGCUCCCCCCUCUCAUUCUGAAUCCGACCUUUCUGUCCUGGGCCUCCAUGGCCAGAGUGAGGCCCACCGUAAAUUGGAGGAGCACCACCUCAUAUUUCGCUUGGAUAGUCUAAACCCCAGCGGUAUGAACAUUGACCUCCAAUUUCAGGUAGUCCCUGCUUUCUCCUUCUUUCCCCUCACCUCCCCAGCUCUCCCACAGCCCACUGUCUCCGCCUCUUCCUUUCUUCUUCCCGCCCCCCCACAUCAGUCUGAAGAAGGGUCUCGACCCGAAACGUCGCCUAUUUCCUUCGCUCCAUAGAUGCUGCCUCACCCGCUGAGUUUCUCCAACAUUUUUGUCUACCUUUCUCUUAAAAUAUCAUUACAAUCAAAUUUUCUUCCAAAUUAAACCAUUAUUUGGAGUUGAACAGAAGCAAUGCAGGAAGUAUGGAAACAGGUUCACCGUCACCUUGAACCUCUGUCAUCUGCGACCCACCAGUGUCCGCAAGCCCGACCUUAGAGCUAUCCGUCUCUGUGCCUCCGGGGCAGUUACUGCAGCACAUUCAUGGAUGUCCCACCACCACACAUGCGGAGAAACUAUCAUGUUCUAAAAGCAUCAGCAGAGAAAGUUCUUAUUUUAAGUGAUUUAAGUUUUUGAUUGUAUUGCAGCUUCAAGUAAUGUGGUAGGCUAUGCAAAAAAAGUUAUAAAGGAAACAUAUAUAUUUGUUAACAGCUUCUUCCUUUAUCUACCUGCGUAGGAUUCAGCGCUUUAGGUUUAAUGAAGCCUUGCGUCAUUGUGUCAAUGCUUGAUUUAAUGAAAUUAUUUGUAUUUAGUCCAACUGUUAAUUUUAAAAACUGCACAAUUUUUGACAUUUCACUUUGAUCUUUAAAAAUAACUUUGGUUUAUAUGCUCCAGUCCGCUGAUCGUCGACCCUGCUUGUCCCUUACUCAGGAACAAAUCCAUGGGCACAGGAAUUGCUGCCCCGUGCACUAAAGUCGUCCAUCCAAGAGUAAAAUGAAUAAACCUGUGAGAUCUUCCUAUUGAAGCAAUCUCGCAAAACAGACAUCACAGAUGAGUUCUUUUGACUCAUCUCACGUUAGUCAAGUCAAAGGUGCAGCCACGGGCACUCGCAGGGUCCCCGGCUAUACCUAUCUUUUUGUUGGUUGUGUACUUUGUUCUAAAUAUACCCUGACACCACUCCACAACUCGUUCUACGCUACAUUGAUGACUGCAUUGGUGCUGCCUCAUGACCUGAUCAAAGGUCCUGACCCGAAGCAUCCUCUGUCCUCUCCGUCUACAGAUGCUGCCUGACCCACUAAGUUCUUCCAGCACUUGGUGUUUUACUCAAGAUUCUAACAUCUGCAGUUUCUUGUCUCAUCAACACCAUUAACGAUGUUUGGAGAGGCCACAAGUGUCUGUAAUUCUUUUAUUUCCCUUUUUACAAAAUAAACCAACUCCAUCAAAGAUAGCUAAUUUUUCCAAAAACUGAUGGAAUCCCAUUUACCCCGAUUGAGCUGGCGCUGCUGAUGUGUAAUCCAGCCCACACUCUGCACAGACCUGAGUACUGGGAGCCGGGUGGUUUGGAGCGCCGACUGAAUCUCGUUAUAUUACUGGUAAAUGGUACGUUCUGAUUAUGAGACCAAACUGGACUCAGUCUCGUGGCCUUCCUUGUACUUUGACAAUUGUUGAAUACAAGUUUAUUUUAACAAUGCAAGUUCAACAGUGACAGUUCACUUUGUGCAAUACAUGUGCUAUUUUUUUUAUAAUCAAAAGCUUUUAAUAAAUCUAAGAAUGAAA